ACAAGGGCAAACCUCAGGUGUGAUAAUUAGCAGUGAAAACUUCUACAGAUAUCCAAACGUUUCUUUUAAAGAAGCACAAAGAAAGGUGGAGGAAGCGGCUGGACAUUGUUUUGCCAGAUUUCUUUUUAAAAUAUUAAUAAUGACUUCAGUGCGAGUAGCAGUCCGAGUCCGUCCAUUGAACAAAAGAGAAAAGCAGUUAUCCUCGAAGGUGAUAAUUCAUAUGAAGGAGAAGACAGCAACCAUUCAAAAGCCCACAGUUCGAGGGGACGAGCUCAAGGGCGCAGGGAAAACCUUUUCAUAUGAUUUUUCAUAUGACUCAUUUGACAGAAGAAGUCCCACGUUUGCAUCCCAGGAGAAGAUCUUCCGAGACUUGGGGUUUGAAGUCCUGAAAGCUGCAUUUGAGGGUUACAAUGCCUGCGUGAUUGCUUAUGGGCAAACAGGCUCAGGGAAGUCCUACACUAUGAUGGGUCCUUCACACGAUAAAGGUUUAAUCCCACGGAUCUGUGAAGGCUUGUUCUGGGAGAUAUCUCACAGGAGCAAGAGCGAUGCCGUGAUGUUCCACACAGAGGUCAGCUAUCUUGAGAUCUGCAAUGAGCGGAUGCAGGAUCUUCUCAAAAAGAGAGCAUCACCUACAGAUGAUGGGGGCUUGAGCGUGAGGGAGCAUCCUAGGCAUGGUCCCUAUGUAGAGAAUCUGUCCAAGCAUUUAGUACAAAGCUACAGUGAAGUGGAGGGCCUGAUCAUUCUCGGCAAUGCCAAGCGCACCACAGCCAGCAGGGGAGUGAAUGACUUCAGCAAGCGCUCCCAUGCCAUCUUCACCAUAAUGUUCACUCAGGUGUGGUGUGAUGCAGAACCGUUAUACGAGACAGUGAGUAAGAUCCACCUGGUAGACCUGGCAGGCAGCGAGAAAGUUGAUCCCACACGCACAGUAGGAGGCAGGUUGAAGGAAAGUGCCGACAUAAACAAAUCUCUGGUCACAUUGGGACAUGUGAUCUCAGCUCUAGCUGACCUUGGUGUAGGAGUGUCAACAACAAAACAGAUCUUCAUUCCUUACAGAGACUCUGUGCUGACAUGGCUGCUAAAAGACAGCCUGGGUGGAAACUCUAAGACUACUAUGAUAGCAACCAUUUCUCCUGCUGAUGUGAACUACAUGGAGACCCUGAACACUUUGCGUUUUGCCAGUCAAGCUAAAAACAUAGUGAACUCUCCCACAGUGAACGAUAAUGGCAGUAUGAAGGUGAUGAGGGAACUGCAGUCAGAGGUUACCAAACUCAAUCAACUACUAAAAGAAGCCACUCAGGUUGGGCAUGAGGUGCCAUUAUCCUCUGUGGAUGUAAAGGAGGAGCUGAAUGAGACAAAGUCCCUCCAGGUAGUAGCAUUGACCAAGAACAGAAGCAGCACGUGGAGGGAGACACUGAAUAUUCUGCAGGAGGAGACGGUGACUCUGAGGAAGGAGGGGAGUGGAGUGGUGUUGGAUUGCUGUUUGCCUCACCUUAUCGGUGUUGGUGAAGAUCUGCAAAGCACUGGAAUCGCCCUCUAUUACUUGAAAGAAGGCAGAACCAUAAUUGGCAAAGCAUCAUGCACCCAAGAUAUUGUGCUCCAUGGGCCUGGGCUCCUCAGUGUGCAUUGUGUGCUUGAGAACAUUGCUGGGACUGUAACCCUGUUCCCUCAGGAUGGUGCACUGUGCUUAGUCAAUGGCUCUGUGGUCACCGAUCCUUGCCAGCUGACUCAGGGUGCCAUCAUACAGUUGGGAAAAGGAGCCACACUCUGGUUUAACCAACCGACUGCUUCCCAACUUAGACUGAAAUACCAGAGUGGAUUGCCAUCUGUGUUCAGCCCAUCUGUGACCGACUCGUCCAACUCUACUGAGAAUUUGUCCAAGGCGAUGGUGCAAAGUCGAUGCCAACACAUCCAUCCGGCUAAAAAUGCAGAAGUAAUGUCCAAAGCCUCAAGCGUCUGUCUUGCCCCUACCCCAGCAAGAACGUUUGCGACUACAGGCCUGGGCUCAGGUCUGAGAGGAAAGCUCAAAGUGGGACUGAAGUUGCAAGCUGUAAGGGAGAAGAGGGCUGGUCAGGGGAUGCCAACCUCCAGCAGACAAGUGUCCUGGGCCUGGGUGAUGGAUGUGGCACAAAGCCAGAGGGGAAUGCUAAUGAGAUCCAAGAUGAUGGCACUGACUGCUACAAGGGGAGACCUCGCUCUGGUGGGAGCUCAUUAA